GAAGUUAUAUAAUUUGCAUCCUAUUUAUUCAGAAUCAUUAUCCUAUUUAGUGAAUUCUGAAAUAUCUAUCUAUAUAUGUAUCAUCUCUUCCAAGGCGAAAACUCGUUAUCUAAACAAGAAGAAUUAACUAGAUUAGCAGCUCAUACUUAUUUUGGCAUUCAGAGCUCAUAUUUUCUAUGGUCAUAAGAUGGUGAUUUUUUAUUAUUUUCGCUUCCUCUAGCUCGUCAUAUUCUGUGCAACAAGAUCUGAUGAGUCAAAUUCUAUGAGAGCAAAUCAAAGGCCUUGUAAUUAUCAACUAAUUCAGCUAAGUAUUUUCUCAUCAUCAAUCUUGUUGUGGCAAUUAGCAAAAGAAAAUGGAUGAACAUGGAGGAGGAACCAAAGUGACAGGAAUUAGACAAAUUGUGAGACUCAAACAAUUGUUACAUAAAUGGCAAAAUGUAACACUUAGCCCUAAGGGGAAAAACCACCAAAAACUCGAUCGUGUAAAAUCCUCGAAUCGAAAAAAUAAUUCUUAUGGAGGCAUAUCACCAUCUAUAAGCAAGAGACUACGGAGCUCCGGCAUAUACUGGGGAGAUUCGGACGAGGAUAAUUGCCAGAGUCCCGAACCGCCUCACGGUGUACCAAGAGGAUAUUUAGCAGUUUAUGUUGGACCAGAACUUAGGAGAUUUAUUAUUCCUACAAGUUAUCUUAGUGACCCUUUAUUUAAAGUGUUGUUGGAAAAAGUUGAGGAAGAAUUUGGGUUUGAUCAUAGUGGUGGACUUACUAUCCCUUGUGAGAUUGAGACUUUCAAGUUUCUUUUGCAAUGUAUGGAGAACCAUCAGAGAUUUCACCCUACUGAUCAUCACAAUGAUUCUGGGAUCAUGGCCUGAUUAUGAUUUCAAUGCAAGCCGGAUCUUCAUUGCCAGUUGAGGAGUAACUACCAAUGGUCUUAUACAAUUGGUAAUGGUUGAUUUUCGGGCUGCUUCAUUUUUUUUUUCUUUUUUUCUUUUUUUCUCUUUAUCUUCUCCUGGUGUAAAAGAUACGAAGGUCUGCUUGUACUUAUAUAUUUUAUUACUAUCACUUUAUCGACACUAUCUUUUUUAUUUA